AUGCGCCUCCGCCACCACCUGCUGAGCGCCCGCCCUGCUGACGUCAUCGUGUUCGUUGGGGGGGACUCGGAGAGGAGCGAGGCGGAGGGGCUGGUGAUGCGCGCAGUCGGCAAGGCGCUGGGGGCGGGCGUGUGGGCGCACGCGGUGGUGGUGGACGUGGGGAGCGGGGGAAGGGAAGAGGGCGAAUCCGCGGAGGGGGCGGAGGCGAGGCAGGCAGCGUUGGAGCAGGCGGUGGGAGCGGAAGCGCGGCGGGGCGUGCCGUGUGUGGCGUGGCGGGCGGAGUGCAGGGCAGCCGCGGAGGCGCUGGGGGACGCCAUGGCGGGUGUGGUGUGCGCCACAGCCGCGGCCUUCUUCCCCCCGCCCCUUCCUGCGCACACCAACGCGGACGCCCCGUCCGCGCUCGACUUUGAUGACCUGGCCAUGCUGUCAGACCACAACAUUGCCACGUCAGCUGCAAACGGCUCUCGCCCGCUCGCCUCACCGUCGGCCCCUCCCGCCGCUCCCAAGCCCACUGCGACCGCUCCCCGCAACCUCUCUCCCACUGUUGCUCCUACCCCUCCCUCCGCGCCUCUGCUGCCUGCUGCUCCUCCCUCCGCCCCUUCCCCGGCCUACAUCCCUGUUCCUGCCUUCGCCUCUCUCUCUCUCGCCCUCUCCGCCUCUGCCCUCUCCUCUGCAGGCCGUCCGCUGCUGUUUCCCACCAGCCGCCCCCCGUUCUCCCUCUCCUCCUCUGCUCCGCUCGUCCGCCCUGCCGCCUCCCCCCUCGCCCGCCUGACUGCCGUGUCAGCUGCUCGCCCUGCACUGUCCUUCCAGAGCAAGUGCCUCGCCCCCAUGCCCGUGGUGUCAGCUUGCCACGUGGCAGCUGUCAACGGGCUGGCUGCUGACGUGUCACCUGCACAUGCGGCUGUGGGCCCCAUGAAGCAAGCAACGGCGUUUCCUGAUCUGAUGCACCUGGGACGACAGGCUGGCAACACCUGUGUCGCUCCCUCUGCUCAUGCCGCGCCUCUCACCCCUCCCUGCACGCCCCACAGCGACCCCAAGGGAGCAGCGGGGGCGCACAGGACGGUGGUGCAGUGGGUGCGGAACGACCUGCGCCUGCACGACAACGAGGCACUCGCUGCCGCCCACAAUGAGGCUGCCGCUGUGCUGCCCGUCUACUGCUUCGACCCGCGCGACUACGGUUCGCCCUCCCUCUCCCCUCCCAUCUCACCUGCGUUUUCCUCACCUUCCCUCUCCCCUUGGCUGACGCCUCUGUAUGGCAAGUCGGCAUCAGGCUUUGACCGCACGGGGCCGCACCGGGCGCGCUUCCUGCUGCAGUGCGUGGCGGCGCUGCGGGUGGCACUGCGGGAGCGCGGCAGCGACCUGGUACUGCGCGUGGGGCGGCCUGAGGACGUGCUCCCGCGCCUGGCACGCGCGGUGGGGGCGCAGGCGGUGGUGCUGCAGCAGGAGGUGACGGCCGAGGAGAGCCGCGUGGAGGCUGCCGUGGCCGCCCGCCUCAAGGUGGGACCGCGGGAUGGUGGGAUGUGGGAAGAAGUGGAAUGCGGGGGAAAGUGGGGUGCGGGGGGAAAGCGGAAUGAGGGGGAAGGUGGGAUUCAGAUUGAGUGGGCAUGGCAGGAGGAGGGCGUGGAGGCACAGACCUAUUGGGGCAGCACGCUCUUCCAUGUGGACGACCUGCCCUUCGCCCUGCCCCACAUGCCCUCCAACUACAGCGCCUUCCGUCAAGCCGUCUCCCGCAUCCAGGUCUGCACCACGCCCCAACUCCCCUUGCUCCCUCUUACACACUCUUUCUUUCUUCCCCCCUGGUUCUCUUGUCACAUGGUAACUCAAACCUGGAUUGCGGUCCCCGUGUUGAACCCUGUGAUUGUGGUGGGUGGUGCUAUGGGUGCGGUGCAGGUGCGGGACAUGGUGGAAGCACCGGAGUACCUCAAGCCCAUGCCUGUCAUGGGCAACGUGCAGCCGGGGGAGAUUCCCUCUCUCGAGGCCCUUGGUCUCUCUGCCAUUCACCCUCGCACUCAGAACGCUCACAUGACGUCAAUGCAGGGAGGGGAGGCGGAAGCAUUGCGCAAACUCUCGGGCUUUGUUGCGGAGUCCAGGUCUGCUGCCACUGGUUCCAAGGCCAUGGGCCCCAGCAGCAGCCAGUACGGGGCGAGCUUCUCAUGCAAGAUCUCUCCGUGGCUCGCCAUGGGGUGCCUGUCCCCUCGCCGCGUCUUCCACCAAGUGCUGCAGCUUGAGGGGUCUCGCGCGCACCAACUCGCAAGCAAGCCAGCAGCCAAGGCCAGGUUGUCUGGACCCAAGGCAGCCACUGCCACAGCUGCCAAGGAACCGAGCAUGGACUGGCUGGUCUUCGAGCUCCUCUGGCGUGACUUUUUCAGGUUCAUCACGAAACGCCACUCUAUGGGGAUUCCUUCAGUCUCAUCGGUGCCAGCAUGA